AUUGUGAUUAAAGUUUGGUACAUAUUAGGACGCGUUAACUUGUUGUGGGAGGUUGUUAUUUAAUUUAAGAAUGGAUCUUAAACCAUCACAAAUAGUUUAUUCGCAAGAUUCUAUCAAUAAUUUCUUUGAUAAGCGGUCAUCACACAAUGGAUCUAGAAUUGGAGAUACAUUGGAUGACGUCUGUGAAGGAAGAUGUCCACUGUCUUCAAUUCCGAAGAUAACGGUGGUGAACCGCGAUGGAAAAUGGGUUACCGCAGACAAUCGACGCUUAUGGGUUUUUCGUGAGCUGGAACGGCUCGGAAAAUGCGACACAAUUCCGGUACGAAUAUCUACAUAUAUACCCGAGGCAAAGCUGACAUCAUAUAACGGUGGUACGUCCGUUCGCGUUCGUGGACCUGCAGGGGGGUAUUGGCAUAACAAACCAACACCACAUAAGCCAAAGGUUCAAUCGACAUUGCAAAUAUCCAAUAAAGCAACUGUUUAUCAGUCGAAAUACAAAGUAAAAGAUUCAAGCAAAUGUCCAACUCUGUUUUCCUACCAGGCACCAAAAUCGAAACCACAAUCGUCUAUACCAGCACACAUGACCACUGCAACAAAAACCAACGUUGCGAUGACUGUUCAAACCAGCCCUGAACAUUCACCUCAACUUACGAUACGUUCGACUUCAAAUAGUUUUCGAUCCAACCCUUUAAGUAGUGGUUUGCAACCAUCCUACAAAGCCCCGGUCAAAAUAAGUCCGAUAAGCUCUUCGUCAUCCAAAUAUCCGAGCUUUUCUGACAUCGGUAAGGCAAAUGAUGAUUAUAGUAAGCGACAUACCCACUCUUCACCAUCACAAUACCGUGAUCAGAGAAGCUAUUCAACGCAAGUCGGUAGUUUAGGGUCGCAGUACGGGGAUCAGAGCAAUUAUUCAAAGAAUAGUGAACUUACCGUCUCGCAAGACCGUGUUCCGCAAAGCAAUUAUUUAACGCAAGGCGACAGUUCAGGAUCUCAAUACCGCGAUCAGCUGAGUAAUUAUUCAAAGCCAGGAAGUCCAUCAAGAUCCACGGUCUCUAGGUCUGACUCUUCAGUUGAUCACAGCUCCGUUCGUGAUAUAGAACAUGCACCGAAAUCAUCAGAACCACGCUAUGUUAUGCCAACAUACCGAGAAGGCAGCAGGCCAAACUAUGGCGAUUCGAACAAAUCUUGCUGUGGAUGUACAAUUCUAUAAAUGGUAGAUCUUUUAACAUUUUUGCCCAUUUGCAAAAUGUUUUGGGUUGUGUUGGCAAGAUGUCUUAAAGAUUUUCAUUAACACAAAUUAUACCUUGGUACAGUCAACUAAAAACAGUGAAUAUUAUUAAGUAAAGAAGAGUGUUUAAUGUUGAUGUACGUGCUGGUAUUCCCAAUCUGACCAUCUUUUGUCGAAUAUCGAGAUUGUGGAAUGCAUUAACUGUAAAUACUGCUUAAUAAAUUUGUUAUAUUUGCGUUUCGCACGAAAUAUG